AGUGUUGGGAAGCGUUUGUGUCUAACAAAUGUCUAUUUACAUUCUAGUAGCCUAGAAGCUCAUGGCCAGAAGUUUGUAAUUAACAAAAUUAUUUGUUGUACAAAUCAAAUAAAUAUGAGUGAAAACAAAGCCAAAGGACCCCAUCAACCAGGAGAGGGUAUACGCUCCAUGCGUAGCACCAGCGUGUUUCGUUUAAUUAACUUUGAAUUGUACACAAAACCGAACACGAUAAUCAUGGGAAUAGGACUGGCGGCUAUUACCGGUGUCUUUGGCUAUAUAGCCUAUAUGCGUUAUAAAUAUGAGAGCUUGGGCUAUUAUGUGGCCAUCAAGGAAGAUGGUCAAGAGCAGUUUGUUAAAAAGAAAUCAAAUUGGGAGAUUUAAAAAUACAUAUUAAAGUAAUAAUAACAAUAGCCAAUGAUCAUA